UGGCGAACUGGGUCACGUGACCGCAUCGCCUCUGAUUGGAUGGGGUGCUGUAAGCUCCAUGAUUGACAUCUAAGAGGUUAAAAGUAUAGUUCCGUCGUGUUUCGUCGUAUCAGUCGGAUCUCCAUUUUCCUUGUUCAGUUUCCUUGUUGUUAUGAAAAUUAUAAAUGAUUACAAAAUGCCGAAGUACUGCAGUGCACCGAGAUGUGCAAAUUCUAAUAAAAACGGAUAUUGCCUAACAACAUUACCCGACGAUGAAAGAAGAGAAGCGUGGAUUACUGCUAGUGGAAUUACGGAUUGGAAGCCCACAAAAACCGCUGCACUGUGCGAAGUUUUGAAUUUGUAAGAAUUCGCCUGUGUGCGCCGCGCCGCCUCCGUCCACAUCACAGUCGUGCCAUCUGCCGUUACCGACCGUUACUCAUAACCGAAGGAAGACAUUUAUGCCGUUGCUUGUACACGCGUGAUUGAUUUCUCCGUGCACAUGAAUGUAUAUUUGAUCAAAAUAGACCUUAAUCAGUGCAGACAACCUUUUCGUUUGUUCGUUCCCAUCAAACGCGCGUCACCUUUGACAGCGAUGCGACAUAACCUUUGUACGAACCGUUCGUUUAACAAUAUGGUGGUUUCGAUAGAUAUAUAAGUACGAGCGGAGACCGUUUUUUAGAGGUUAUCUCGCAACGCUUGUCACGAGUGUCACCCGCAAUAAUAGCGAUGCAUAUUUCGAAGCAUCGCGCGAUGGAGAUUGAGCGUUUAAUUUGCGCUUGUUGCUUCAUUACGAUAUUUUACCUCUCGGUGGUCGCCGGUGAGAUAGAGCCGCGUUACGAUGAGAAACUUCACAUUGCAACAUCAACGAAAUCUCCAGACUCUGCAUCUGAGAAGUCUGACAGAUUGGGUUUCCUGCAUGCAGUCGUCGCAUCUUUAUCGGUCAUCGUAGUAUCGGAAUUAGGCGAUAAAACGUUUUUUAUUGCUGCCAUUAUGGCAAUGAAACAUACAAGACUGACUGUAUUAUUAGGAGCAAUAAGUGCUCUUGCGCUGAUGACUAUUCUGUCAGUGGUGUUCGGAUAUGCAGCUACAAUAAUUCCUCGCGUGUAUACCUAUUAUAUCUCCACCCUUUUGUUCGCCUUGUUUGGAUUGAAAAUGUUACGAGAUGGAUACUAUAUGUCACCUUCCGAAGGACAAGAUGAAUUAGAAGAGGUUCAAACGGACCUGAGGAAAAGAGACGACGAGUACGAUAAGCAGACAGCGAGUACCGUACUUCAGGAUCCCGAAUCCGGAGUAAUAAUACGAAAGCACACGAAAACCAGCGCGUUCAUGCUGAUUUCGAAGAUAUACCUUCAGGCAUUCACUCUCACCUUCCUCGCGGAAUGGGGUGACCGUUCUCAAUUAACGACCAUUAUCCUCGCGGCAAGAGAGGAUGUUUACGGAGUUGUAUUGGGCGGAAUAUUAGGCCACUUGUUCUGCACAAGCUUAGCGGUACUGGGAGGACGUAUAAUAGCGCAAAAGAUAUCCGUGAGAACAGUGACUAUCAUUGGAGGCUUCGUGUUCCUAUUGUUCGCCUUAUCGGCGCUCUUCAUCAAUCCUGUGGAAGAAGUUUGAAGAUUUCCUUUCCCUUGACUUUGGAGAUUUUUUACCAGUAUUUGUACUAUUUUGUGAACAUUAUGUAUCAUAUAUAGAGUAUUGUAUCUUUGUACAGUAUGAUUCUAUUCCAUAGCCCUUUGCAGUGGUUAUGAAGUUAACUAGAUGCUCUUGGCCAGAGUUCGGCCGGAAAAUUCAUCUUCCUAAUAUAAAUAGCAGAUUAUUUACGUUUGAAUAUCCAAGAAGAGAUCAAAAAGAAGUUUGUUUCAGUGGAGACUGUUAUUUUGGAAUUAACGAUUUUUUCUUGUUAUUACUUGUAAAUUUGUAAAAUGUAAAGUCAAGAUAUAUGUGUGUGUGUGUGUGUAUACAUAUCGUAAAAUCAUAAUUUUUACUUUUAAAUUGACACUAUGUAGAAGAAAACGAAGCAAAGAAAGAGCAUUUUUACUAUUCUGUCUGUUGUAUCAUAUAUUGUAUGUAAAAAAAUAAUAUACUUUACUAUUUUUCAGCUGUAAUAUAGUAAUUGGUAAUAUCGAUGCAGUAGACAUCCUCGUGAUAUAACAGUGUUGUUGAAUCUGUGUAUGUAAUUCAUCGGUUUGUGCGCCUGAAUGCGAUAUUCAACUGUACUUCACACAAAUAGGUUUACCAGUAGCAUAUUUAUAUAUGCCAUUUGUAAGAUACUAAAGAAAACUAGUUUUUUAUGAUAUAUAAAUAGAAAAAAUAGGAUAAUAUGUAUAUACGUAUAACAAGAUGUGAAUGGUGCGUUUAUGAUGUUGCUAGAUUGCUUUAUAAAAUAGAAAGAACAAAGAAAUGUUCUAUUUGCGGAUGGAAUGAAAUAUUCCAAAUACAAUGAAAAAUUUAAUGUAUGCAAAUAAAAUUUAUGAAUCGUCCUCGAGACACUACAUAAGGUUGAUGAAAUAAAGUCUAUGUAAAAAAACGAUUUUAAGUACAUGUUGUAAGAGCUUAUAUUAAGAUAAAUAAAUAUUAAUAAGUAAAUAUAAA